AUGGCUUCUCUAGACUUUGAUCAGAAGUUUCUCGGUCGGAUAGCCAAACAGACAGAGGAGUCAAAUCCCUUCUUGUCAAGUGCCCUCUACCAGAUCUUGGGUCUGUCGGUGCUCCUAGCCCGCAGGCUCAUCCGUGCCAGAAAGCUCCGCAAGCUAGACACGAGCCGAGAUACUCCCUCACUCUCAGCCUACCAGCAUAUACUAUGGAUGUCCCGAGAGGGCCUGUCCAUACUCGAGCUAUAUGUCCUUCCCUAUGCUCAGGAUAACCAGCAUGGACCCGAGUGCAGAGUACUGAGCGUCAAGCUACGAGCAAGCUUCUAUCACAUCUUCUGCCUCUUCCACAACCAGCCACCCGUCACCGCAACCAACAUGGCAAGCACUGAUCCUCGCUACCCAGGCGCACCUCAGCCACUCUCACCCAAGAACGGCAAUGCUCAUGGUCGCACGACAGAAUCAGGUCUAUCGCCCCCUUCGAAGCGAGCGGGUAAACAACCGGUGCUGCGUGAGCCCGUCGAUUCUAUCGUGUCUGAGACAUCGUUUGUCACGAAUCCGUAUGCUGCAGGAGGUCCAGUUGGUACUCCCUCGCCAGGACCAACCAUCAACGCGCCUCCAGGCCUCAACCCUAUUCCUAUCCCACAGCCCUCGUCUUUCAUCCUUCCACCUCUCAACUUUGUGCCCUUGGCAAGUGGGUACUUUACGACAGCCACACAGUACGCCACUUCCUUUCUACCCGGGUCACAUCCUUUGAGAUUGUCCGUCGCGCUUGAGCACAGUGCAUUCUUGUGGGACUGUCUUCACGACCAUGACGGAUCCCGACGCGUCGCUCGACGUGCGAUUAAGGAUGUUUACCGCGCGCAGGAAGCCAUGGACGAUACCGAGUUUGAGGACGCUGCUGAGCUCGUGGGUAUUCUGGGACGAAUGAUGAAGCGUAAGAGCUGGGAAGGCACACCGCGCGUUGGGGGAAUGGCAAGUCCGGAACCUACUGCACAGCCUGCUGCACAAGCAAGCACCUCGGAAACAGCAACUCGAGCUACUGCCUCUUCCACACAACGUCCUCAGCAAAACAAUAAAAGGAUUGCCGAAGGACCCCCUCUGGCAGACGUCUUGAUACCCCCACGAUCAUCAAGUGCCACGCGUAGCCGAGCAAACACAGCGAGCAAGUCUACUCCACGCCAGAAAGAAAGCAGCAGUCACGAAGGGACACCAAAGCCGAGCUCGCGUCGGCGUUCGGGAAGCAGCAGCAGAGACGGCACUCCCCGCGCAAAACACGUCAGUGUAGAAAGCGGUGCGAGUACAACGCCUCGUGCGCCGCAAGGAAGUUCCAUUCGCUCGCCCACGACGCCAUCUACAGUUCGGACUUCACAUCGAACGUCGGGUAGUGCCGGCUCCUCGAAGGGAACACCGGUGGCAGGGACCUCAACGCCCUUGACCCAAAGUGCAGCUGCAACACUUGUUUCCGAAAACAUGCGCAACUCGCCAUCGCUCCGCCGCUCGCCCACCCUAUACCCACCCGAACAAUAUGGCCCGCGCUAUUCACCCUCGCAAGAGAGCUCAUAUCCGAGACAACGGAGGUGA